AUGGCUGCUCCUUUGACUGCUUGGCCUUGGGAGUUCUUAGGCUCCUACAAGUAUCUGCUGUUUGGACCUCUGAUUGGAAAAGCCUUGUACUCAAUAAUUCAUGAGGAUCCCCUCAAGGUCCUCAUGAACAGCUGGUGUCUCCAUAUUCUCAUAUUAUGUGCACUUAGAGGCUUAGUUCAUCAGCUAUGGAGUAGUUACACCAACAUGCUUUUCCUAACAAGAACUCGUCGGAUUCUCCAACAAGGGGUUGAUUUCAAGCAGAUUGACAAGGAAUGGGACUGGUAA